AUGAUGAGCUUACAUAAUCUGCCUGAAGAUGUCCUGGAGGAAAUCUUCUUGAGGGUGCCUCCCAAGUCUCUGAAAAGCUCAUCGUCAGUCGUUACAAUCCACGACAGAGAUUGCAGUAACGAUGGCCACCUACCUAGUGAUAUUGAAGAAAUCAAUUUCCCACCUGUUCCAGAGACGGAGAAAGCGGAUUUUCUGGCGAAUUUAUUAAGCUCUUCUUGUAACAGAAUUAUUUUCUUUUGUGAUCGCCAUUCUGUUGAAAACGAGGUGUUUGUCGUGUGCAAUCCAGAACUUGGAGAAUACAAGCUUCUACGCACACCUUGUCUUUCGCCCUUUGAGUUCUCAUUUUCAGGAGCUGGAUUUGGAUAUGAUCCAAAAGCUAAUGAUUACAAAUGUGUGAAGCUUUUUUGCUCUAUGUCUCAUGUUGAGGUAAAUAGAGCUACGAUCUAUUGUUUUGGAACUGAUUCUUGGAGGGAAGUUAAGAUUGAUUUGAAAGGUAAAUGCUGUUAUGUCGACAAUGGGGUGUAUCACAGAGGUGUUUAUUAUUGGUGGAAUAUUGUUACGCCACAUAAAGAUUAUGGGGCUAUGGUUCUUUCAUUUGACUUUUCUGAAGAGGAAUUUCAUUGCAUACAAUUGCCACAACAUGCCGAAAAAGUAUGGAAGCUUGCUUUAUGGAAUGAAUCAGUAGUCUUUUUCAUCUCCCCAGAAAACUCGUACCAUUCCACGUCUUUUGAAAUGUGGGUGAUGGUUGAGAACUUUGGUGGCGUUGAGGGUUUUACUUAUUGGACCAAGCAUCUUACAAUAGGGCCAUUAGUAUGCGUCUAUUCUCCUCUAGCAUUUUGGAAGGAUGAUGUGCUGUUAAUGCAAACUAGAGAUGGUCGAAUUGUAUCAUAUAACCUUCGUACCAAAACGUCUCGGGAACUUCCAACUCAUGGUUCGGUGUUGCUACGGACAGUUGAUGCUUUUUUAUAUCCAAAGAGUCUAGUUUCAUUGAGGAGUGGACACAUGAUAAAUCACUGAUGAGACUCAUUAGCGUAGUCUGUUGCAGCUGCAUGGUUCUUGCGACUUAUCUAUUGAAAUAUGUAAUUUUUUCCUAAUUAAGUUAUGAUUUACUAUAGCAGAACACGAGUUGGCUUACCACCCUGCCAAGCUCUCGGCGGUGUAUUUCUGAUAGUUUGUGCCUUUAUAUUGUGUCUAAGAUUGCUACUUGUUGAUGAGGUCCAUUGUUAGAAAAUCGACCACAAUUGACAGUGAUCUGUGAAAAUAUUCUGUAUAUUGCACUGUGAGAUAU